AUGCCCGAGGAAACCCAGACCCAAGACCAGCCGAUGGAGGAGGAGGAGGUGGAGACGUUCGCCUUCCAGGCGGAAAUCGCCCAGUUGAUGUCGUUGAUCAUCAACACUUUCUACUCGAACAAGGAGAUCUUUCUGAGGGAGCUCAUUUCCAACUCGUCCGAUGCUUUGGACAAGAUCAGAUACGAAAGCCUGACGGAUCCCAGUAAACUAGACUCCGGAAAAGAGCUGCACAUUAAUCUCAUUCCGAACAAGCAAGACCGGACCCUCACGAUAGUGGACACCGGCAUCGGAAUGACCAAGGCCGACUUGAUCAAUAACCUUGGUACGAUCGCCAAGUCUGGGACCAAGGCGUUCAUGGAGGCUUUGCAGGCCGGUGCCGAUAUCUCCAUGAUUGGCCAGUUCGGUGUCGGCUUCUACUCUGCGUACCUGGUCGCUGAGAAAGUGACCGUUAUCACCAAACACAACGAUGACGAGCAGUAUGCCUGGGAGUCUUCUGCAGGAGGAUCUUUCACCGUUAGGACAGACACAGGAGAACCUAUGGGUCGUGGAACAAAGGUUAUUCUACAUCUGAAAGAAGACCAAACUGAGUACUUGGAAGAAAGGAGAAUAAAGGAGAUUGUGAAGAAACACUCUCAGUUUAUUGGCUACCCCAUUACUCUCUUCGUGGAGAAGGAACGUGAUAAAGAAGUCAGUGACGACGAGGCGGAAGAAAAGGAAGACAAAGAGGAAGAAAAGGAGAAAGAAGAGAAGGAAUCUGAGGAUAAACCAGAGAUAGAAGAUGUUGGUUCUGAUGAAGAGGAAGAAGAAAAGAAGGAUGGUGACAAGAAGAAGAAGAAGAAGAUCAAGGAGAAGUAUAUUGAUCAAGAGGAACUCAACAAGACAAAGCCUAUCUGGACCAGAAACCCCGAUGACAUCACUAAUGAAGAGUACGGGGAGUUCUAUAAGAGCUUGACCAAUGACUGGGAGGAUCACUUGGCUGUGAAGCACUUUUCAGUCGAAGGGCAGUUGGAGUUCAGAGCCCUUCUUUUCGUCCCAAGACGCGCUCCUUUCGACUUAUUUGAAAACAGAAAGAAGAAGAACAACAUCAAGCUGUAUGUUCGCAGAGUGUUCAUCAUGGACAACUGCGAGGAGCUCAUCCCUGAGUAUCUGAAUUUCAUUAGAGGCGUGGUGGACUCUGAGGAUCUUCCUCUGAACAUUUCUCGUGAGAUGUUGCAACAAAGCAAAAUUUUGAAAGUCAUCAGGAAGAAUCUGGUCAAGAAAUGCUUGGAGCUCUUUACUGAAUUGGCCGAAGAUAAAGAGAAUUACAAGAAGUUCUAUGAGCAGUUCUCUAAAAAUAUUAAGCUUGGAAUACAUGAAGAUUCUCAAAAUCGGAAGAAGCUUUCCGAGCUGUUGAGGUACUACACUUCUGCUUCUGGCGACGAGAUGGUUUCCCUCAAGGACUAUUGCACCAGAAUGAAGGAGAACCAGAAACACAUCUAUUACAUCACAGGUGAGACCAAGGACCAGGUGGCCAACUCGGCCUUCGUGGAACGUCUGCGGAAGCACGGCCUGGAGGUGAUCUACAUGAUCGAGCCCAUCGAUGAGUACUGUGUGCAGCAGCUGAAGGAGUUUGAGGGGAAGACCUUAGUGUCAGUCACCAAAGAGGGCCUGGAGCUCCCGGAAGAUGAAGAGGAGAAGAAGAAACAGGAGGAGAAGAAGACAAAGUUUGAAAACCUCUGCAAGAUCAUGAAGGACAUCUUGGAGAAGAAAGUCGAAAAGGUGGUUGUGUCGAACCGGUUGGUGACCUCACCGUGCUGCAUUGUCACAAGCACAUACGGCUGGACAGCAAACAUGGAGAGAAUCAUGAAGGCUCAAGCCCUGAGAGACAACUCGACAAUGGGUUACAUGGCAGCAAAGAAGCACCUGGAGAUAAAUCCAGACCAUUCCAUCAUCGAGACCCUGAGGCAAAAGGCAGAGGCGGACAAGAACGACAAGUCCGUGAAGGAUCUGGUCAUCCUGCUGUACGAAACCGCUCUGCUGUCUUCUGGCUUCAGCCUGGAAGAUCCCCAGACGCACGCCAACAGGAUCUACAGGAUGAUCAAACUUGGUCUUGGUAUUGAUGAGGACGACCCCACCGCCGACGACAGCAGCGCUGCUGUGACGGAGGAGAUGCCACCCCUGGAAGGGGACGACGACACGUCCCGCAUGGAGGAAGUCGAUUAGGCUCCGCCUGAGGCUUGCUUGUCCCCUGUUAAAACGCUGUCUGCAUUCCCUCUGACGAUAUAUUUUCAAGUAUUUUAUUUUUGUUAACAUUUAAAGGUUGUAUGGCAUGACAGUUCCUUAAGGGAAAAUAAGAUUCCUUUGUACUAAGUGUGACACUGUGACAUUUGAGCACUAAAGCCGAGCUUGUCCUUUCCUAGUUCCAGUUGGCUUCUUUAACAGACGGCCCUC